UUUUGAAUGGAAAUGACUUGCUUCCUAUCACAUUCCAAAAUCCUAUAACAAAAUUCCAAAAUGAAAUCGUUGCUUUCUCUCAAGAACAUUCACCGUUCCCCGCCAACUGUUUCCACCUCCGCUGUUAAUUCCGUAACGCCAUCGCGCCGGUGUUCGCACUCCACCGCUACCACCACCACCUCUAGCCUUCGUUUCUCUUCUUUUAUGUUACAUCCACAAAGCUCAAUAACCCAAUCCUCUUCUUAUCCUAAUACGUCAUUCGGUCGCUGCCGGGCUACCAGUUCAGGCCCACCUUCGCCUCCACAAACCGACCCACCCAAUAACGAAGAAGACUCAUCCUCAUCUCCAGGUAUCAUGGCAUCUUUCUCCAAAGCGCAAGACAGCAUGCAGAUCUUUUUUGCUGUGUUGUUCUGGAUGUCACUUUUCUUCUGGUAUUCUGUGUGGGAUGGGAAGAAUGAUGGCAGACCAAACAAGGGUUCUCGAUUUAGAAGAUAAAAUUGUAAGGAGUUUCUUUAUGGUGUCUUCUACAAUUAAUUCCUUACGUUGUCUUACAUGGUAGUGUAAAUCAUGGAUAGCUAAGGGAAGAAAGAAAAAGAGAAAGGGUUUAGUGUGUAAAGUAGUUUAGUGUUACUGAAACAUGGAGAUCGUUCUGUCUGCUUCACUUAAAGGUAGUAUAGAGUUCCCUGUUAGCCCAGCUAGCAUUAGUUCAUUCAUGCUGCGAAUCUUAAGCUUCUACUAUAGGGCUUUGAGAGCAAAAUUUGCUGUUCAAUUAUAUGGAAUUAGAGUCUAUUUCAAUGCUCCCUAUAUUCUGCACUCUUGGAUAGAAGAAUACUUUGCCCUGUCUUGUUCAAGAAUUUAUGAGAUUUUUUUGUUCCAAAAGUAAAGCAGACUUUUCCUUCU